UUUGUGUUCAUGUGCGGCCAUACUAAACACAUGCGGAGAACUUUGUUGAACAAUCCUUUGCAAUCCACUCGAGCAGUGUGACAUCCGAGUGUAACAUUCACUGAUUGACAUCCUGUGUGCAGUCAAAUCGCUUGAUCAGCGGUCAGGUUUUUUUUAUUGGAUGAUUCAAAUAACAUCUUCAUCCCUUGUGUGGAGAGGACGGCAUCGCCUUUCCAGCCCAGGUGGAUGAGAGGCUCCGCAGUCUCUCCAACCCCAACAUUGAUUCCCCCCAAAACCCAGAUCCAUCGAUCCGAUUCCCAGUGCAUACUGGGUGGCGAGCUACCCGAAAACCUGGACACUGUGGUGCAGUGUUGACGUCUCCUCCCCCACAGUCCGUGCGGGAGGAGAAAACUUAUACAGUGCACUGUCAACUACAGAGAAACAGGCCCCAACGAAUAAUUUAAACAAACUUUGGGAACUAAGACAAAAAGGGUUUCUAUUCUGCCGGCUUUUCUUAUUUUUGUUUAUUUUCCAUAUUCUGCAGUUGUACAUUUAUAUGUGCACUGUUCAAUAUAUAUUUGGCCAUUCAACAUUCUAGUUCAUCGUUGUCUGUGUCAUUAUUGAUAUGCAACACUGGCUCUUAAAAACACUAGGAUCCUUCUGAUACUAGUCCAGUUCGAUAUUUACACCAUUGACUACCACUCACCUGUUUCCUCUAUUACUAGUUCGUAACUAGGGUUACAACAACGCCAUAUCACCCGCAGUCCAACCCAGCAGAACAUUUUAACCGAACAUUACUUGGCAUGCUACGGACACUGGAGGAGACCAGAAACCCAACUCGAAGGACUACUUGAAUAAAGUGGUUCAUGCCUACAAUUCCACCGUCAAUGAAGCCACAGUGUUUACCCCAUACUUCUUGCUCUUUGGAAAAUAACAAACUUUGCCAAUUGACCUCAUGUUCCCGAGGGAACCACAACAAUCUCAAUCUCAUGCAGCCUAUGCUGAGAAAUGGAAAGCGUCAAUGCAAGAAGCUUAUAACAUCGCCCAGGAAAACCUGGAAGUACUACAACCAGAAAGCGUUAAGUUCUGUUCUUCAACCUGGUGACCACGUACUCAUCCAGAACUUAUCACGAAGAGGAGGACCAGGGAAGAUUUGUCCGUAUUGGGAGGACAAGGUUCACAUCGUCAAAGAACGCAGAGGUACUGAAAGUCCAGUGUAUGUGGUUCGACCGCUAGAUGGAGAAAGAAGAGAAAGAGUUAUUCACCGUAAUCUUCUGUUACCCUGUCCUUGCCUCAUCGAUGGCCCAACCAACAAACAUUUUGGAAAGCCAGAGAAGAAAAGCAGACCCAACACAAAGACCAAGGUGCAUGAAAUCCCUAGAGAUGCAGAGAGCUCAAGUGAGGAUGAGUAUAACUUGUGGAUCCCAAGGCAGUCUCAGGGCACUCCCCUAAAUCCACAUGCACCAAUCUUCAAGCCUGUAGGAGAGAACCACUCCACAGUGGAACCUGAAAUAGAGGAAUUUGACGACAGUAGUCGGCGACAAGAUGGAGACGAUGUCAUUCAGCAAGGACAACGGACACGAGAUGACGGGACCAAGGACAUGCAAGGGAGCAAAGACCAAGACAUCAACCUUGACACCUCAGCUCCAGAGCUUCAGGGUGAAAAUUGUGUCAUGUCUUCAGCAGAUUCCACAUCCUCAGAGGACAGUGAACAUGUCGAGAAAAUAAGACCGACCAAGACAUUUCCCCCAAAAAUUUGACUUUCGAGUGACAAAGUUCAUGUUUUGUAAAUCUGUUCUGUAAUGAUUGAGUACUUCACACAAUUCUUAAAUGAUCACCUAUCUUUAUGUGUAAAGCCUUACAAAAGACUAUGUCAGAGACUACACCAAAGGUGAUGAGUGAAAAAAAAAAGACUGUCACCAGGUUUGAGUGAGGAAUGAUGGACUUUGCUGAACUACACUGAAAGCAUGUACAAUGUGAAUACGCAUCAAGUAUGCUGAACUAGUAGAUUGCUAUAUGUGACUUAAUGGACUUGGGAGACCUACCAACGAACCGUGAAUAAGGACAUUACACCAAAAGCAGUGACGAAUAUGUGUUUAUUCAUACUGUGGCCAUGCUGUGUAGUCAAAGUGUAGUCAAUGGGAUGUGAGUGCAAUUGAGAUGUGUGUUUGUAAGUCAUUCAUGGGUUGUGACAAAGUUUGAGUCAAACAGAGAGGUGUAUGGGAACAUGUUUUUUUAGUGGGGGAGGGUGUAGCACCCUGAAACUAGAGUUGGAGGUAAAAUCUAAAGUUGUAUUAUUAUGCAUAAAUAUAAUAAUACUUAUUAUAUUUUUGUUAAAUGCAUUAUGCAAUGUUUUUCAUUUGUCAUGUUCAUCCUUGUAUAUGAUUUGUUAUGAGUAUUGGAAAGGGGAGCUGCGUAAUUUCCAUGGUUAUGUGUGUAAUGCGCAAGCUCGAGAAGUAAACAGGAAUUAAAUCAGU